ACGGUUGUGUUCCGUUCCUCGGCUGGACCAGAGGUCAAUUCGCCGACCCGACUGCUUUUUUAAUGAUUACCAGGGAAGAGCACCUAGAAGUUGGUACCCGAAAUUAAUUAUCAACAAUAUGACCAUAUCUAAUCGAUAGCGCAUAAAAAAUGCAUUAAGAAUUUACAAGUGAGACGGUUGCGCAAAUUUUGGUUUUGAAGAAAAAUCAAAAAUUCUUCCGGGGGCUGGGGUUUCUUAUAUUUCUAUAGUUACCAUAUUAAUAAAAUAGUUAUAACACUAUAAAAAUGCUAAUCAAUAGAUUUUUGCAUGCGCAAUCAGCACCCGUAAACGGUUAAAAUUUUAAUAUAGUAGUUUGAGGCGUCGGGGCUAGGCCAAAAAAUCCUUGGUGCGCAUGCGCGUGCAAGGAAUUCGGCAGUCGGCUGCAGCGGAGUAUAUCUUAGUGUAUAGCUGCAGACGUUAUACGAAGAUAUCGCGUCUGUAGCUGCUGAUGCUGAUGCUGCUGCUGAUGCUGAGACUUCUAGUGCGCGAAGGUUCCCCAGUUUAUUCCUAUCGACUGGAUUAUCAAUAUGAGGGAAGAGAGCCAAGAGGACGUUGAAACAGUAUGUACUCAACUCAGAAGGAUAUGUAAGAAAGCGACCAAUCAGUCAAGGCAAGAUUCUGGCAGUGGAUAAACGAUCAACCCAAUCUUUCAUAGUUCAGUGGAAAAUGGUUUGCAUAUGUCUGAUAUUGACUGUUUACUUAGGGAGCAAUAUGAUGUCGAACUAGACUUUCAUCAUAGUAUUGUAUUAGAUGGAGGAAUUAGAGAAGGAAUAACGCUAUGCGUGAUAGGAAAAAGUUAACUCGGCAGCAGCAAAAAGGCUUGAUGAAAUUUAUCCCACCCAAUAUGAAUCUUAACGAGCUUGGUCACACAGUGGCCUAUGGCUUGAUGCGCAAUAAUACUUCAUGGUUGCAUUUAAAUUUAACUAGUAUAUUCUGGUGGAUCAAAGGUGAUGCUCACAACGCUCUAGAAUGUGCCCGAAGAGAUGGCAUUCAAGAUGAAAGUUUAAACUCCAUUUUAACAAGUCGUGGACAAUCCUGUAUGCAAAGAAGUGGUAAUGAGUCAAUACUUUCCUGUGAUAUUAUGUCUGAGAGACAGAUGUUGGCGCAGAAAUUCCAAAUUGAUUUCGGUGUUAGUUUGCAAGUUUUGAAAACCGUUGAAAACCAGGCUAAAGAAAUCACAAGGGUUUGCAGAAAAUUUAGAUCAUUUUAGUAAAACUCCAGAUUAUACAAAAUUUUCCACUGUUUUUAUGGAACCAACUGGUAGACCAAAAUACCAUAAUUUAGAAAUAAAGGUCAUCAUCAGAACCUUUUGAAAAACCAGAUUGGCCAUCUGAGUCUUAUUGUGAAAGUUUAAUGCCUUUUUUUCUUGACGUAAAGCAGUAUGUGCCAGUGUACUUGCCACCUGAAAAUAAUAGCUAUGUCCAUAAUAGAUAUUUUUCACUCAACGACCAGUCUAUCGAGUCCCAGAAAAGUCUGACUGCUCUGCAUACUCAUCGUGUAACUUCAUCAGCAGCAACCUUGGUGAGCAUCGCUUAGAGGGUGUCAACAGCAUGGAAAUUGAUCACUGAUUACCGAUCCAAGGAUAUCUUCAAGUAAAACUUGUUAUGCGACGUUGCAAACGGACGUCCACCAGGGAGAGAGCGAGUAAGAAAGUAUUAGAGAGAGAGAGAGAGAGAGAGAGAGAGAGAGAGAGAGAGAGAGAGAGAGAGAGAGAGAAAGGGAGAGAGAGAGAGAGCGAGUAAGAAAGUAUUAGAGAGAGAGAGAGAGAGAUCCAAGAGUGAGGCGAGUGUGGUGCGGGCACACUAGAGAGAGAGAACUCGAGAGACCAGGGUGUUGGUGUGCAGUGCGGGCGCACACCAAGACGUCUUCUGCGUGAGGCGUCUGGCCAGCGCACGCGAGAGAGAGAGAGAGAGAGAGAGAGAGCAGUGCGAGGAGACGCGUGUGCGUGAGAUAGAGACAGCGCGAGAGAAAACCCUAUAGCUGCGCGGCUGCAGCAGGUCGGGCUUGCCACAAGCGGGAGGCAUAGCCCGCGCGCGCGAGAGAGAGAGAGAGAGAGAGAGAUAGAGAGAGAUCACACUGGCCGCGCGGCGACCGGCGAGAGCCGAGUCGAGCGCGUAUUUGUGCGAGCGAGGCCGCGAGCGCGUACCACGUGACACUACAGGCUACAGCUUGGGGGCUAACGUGCAGACGCGAGAGAGAGAGAGAGAGAGAGAGAGAGAGAGAGAGAGAGAGAGAGACAGCCGUCAGCGGACUGGACCUGGGCCUGUGGCCCGCCGUCUGCUGCACGAGCGUGGCUCGUGUUUGAGCGUCCCAGCGUAAGCCCUGCGUGGCUAAACUGUGCGCGGGAGGCACUACAGCCACCGUGUUGUAGGGAAGGGCUGGGCGAAAUACAUGUGCAAUAAAACUUAACCAUUGUGUGUGAUCAUUUUCCCCUCUCCCUAGCGUUCUCUCAAACGUGAUGAUCGCGGUCAAAUCCUACGUUUAGAAAAAUCCUACUGCAUGCGAGGCUCGAGGUGUUGCGCACCUGUGUUGGGAGGCACAGCGUCGCAAUUGGCAUCCCUUGUGGGGAAUUCGUGAUCGCCGAGGUGGAGAGGAGGAGAAAUUGGGAGUGUAGAGAGCGUGCGUGAGAGUGAGAAAGCACGAUGAAUCGAGCGGCAAGUAACGAAACACAUGCAGCCGUAAUGCAACGGCUGAUGCAUAGCUCGCGCGAAUUUCGCGCGAUGAAAUUUAAAAUCGGCCGUUUGUCAGAGUACGAACUCGAUGAAGAGCUCGAGGCCAGAGGUUUUGGCUUGCGUGGCUCUGCUGAGGUUCGUCGCGAUCGAUUAUUACGCGCGUAUAUUUCGGAAGCCAACCCGACUUUGGACGGAGUGCCGUGGUAUGAGUGGGAUAUCGAAGGCGCGAGAGUUGCGAUAUCCAACGAGGAAAUAGAGCGGCGUAUUUUGGGAGAAAUUCCACCAAAGGAGGGAAAGAAGAGAAGGGUAAACAAUGACAACCCGGUAAGGUUGAUCAAUCCACGUUCUAGCGAAAGCGAGAACGGAGGAGACGAUCACCGAAGUGGUGUCAAUUUAAACGUGCCACCGAGUACGGCAGUGGCGACUACGACGUCGUCGAGUGUAGUCACCUCACGGGCUGGAGCGGCCCUGGUGACUGCUACGGCGGCGCUAUCAGGACGACCGAUUACCUCAGCAGUAAUUGGAAACUUGAUAUCGCCUCCUACUCCAGCACCGCGUGGCUACCGGUUUGAGAACCGCAUGCCAGUGAGACAUCCGGGAGCGUGGGAGUAUUUCUCUGCUCGAAUAGUACGAGGUAUAGGCGAAUCACCUAUUGCCCGACCGGGACUCAGAGAAAUUCCGAGCAGAGUUCCUGUCGCUGAAAGCCGACCUCCGCUAGGAAGAGAGCGGUGGUAUACACCAUCGACCACUCUAGCGGGAGGAAAUGUUUCUGCGACAGCCAACUGUAACGAGCAGAGAAAUGAGGAAAGUUCGCCAGUAAGCUCAAGAGCGGGAAGAAGUUCGGCUGAAAGCGAUAGAGAGAGUGAGAAUCGGUAUCGGGAAACGAACGAACGCUUGAAUGAACGCGUGACUCGUAUAGGGGAACUCCGCGCGAACGGAAUGACCUACGAGCAAGCCAGAGAGAGGGCCCUUGAAGAGGAGCUCGAACUUGAAGGCCAUCGCGUUUUCAAUCAGGUGAUGAAUGAGUUCGAUAUCGAGGUAGAGGAAGAAGAAGUGCAACGACGGCAUCAACGCAAUCUCCAACAAGUGUGUGAAGAAGCAUGGAACAAGGCGUGCCAAGUGAUUCGCCAGCAAAACAGUUUGCGUAGAGAGGAAGAGAUGAGAUCGGAAGGUCUCCGACGAACCUCGACGCAGGCUAUAAAACGGCCAACAUUGCAGUGUCCGAGGUGGGGGAAGGAAAGAAUAGCGGAGCCCGUUAGUCAGUCAGAGAACCAGAGAGAAGAGAGAAAAUUGUUCUUCGACAGAACGAGGCCAACCGACAGGAGUUCGGAGAGUCAGUCGGAGGUCCCUCACACGAGCGAGAGUCGCGCGAAGAGGACCAGGAGAAGCGAGCUAGGGCAGGCAGGAAGGAAAGAGGGUGCCGCGAGAGUACGAAGUCCAAGAGGAAGCUUGAGUCUAUUGAGCGGCAGCGACAGCGAAUUCGAGCAUAGCUCGAAUCAUGCGUCGACGGGAAGACUCUCGGUGAUAGGUUGUCGGAACGAGAGGAUGGACAGCGCCCGAGAUAUCACCAAAAAACUCAAGGACUGGGGUUUCCAGUUUUCCGGCGAAGGACGAAACGAGGACCCAGAAGAGUUUUUGGAGAGGUUAAGUGAUUGCCGAAGAGGUACUCGAGUUUCGGAUAUCGAUUGGAUAAACGUGUUGCCUUGUAUUUUCCAGGGCGAGGCGGGCCGUUGGUUCCGAGCCAAAAGAGAGAAAAUUCAGACGUGGACGGAGUUUUGUCGAGAAUUCAGGCACCGCUACGUUACUGAAUAUAACAGGGAAGAUUUAAUGGAGGAUUUGAGGAGGAGGACGCAACACAAAGGUGAGAAAAUCACGACGUUUCUCGCCAAAUUUGAGUACAUUGUGUCACGCUUCCAUCGACCCCCAUCCAAAAGAGAAUUGUUGCAGAUAGCGUAUCGCAAUAUUCUACCCGAGUAUCGGAAGGCUAUCGGUGAUAAGCUCAUUGAUAGCUUGGAAGAUCUCGAGAAGUACGGUCGCCGGUGGCAGAAGCAGCGAGACUUGGACAGUCGAUAUGCUCCGCCAUUGCCAGCUGAGAAGAUACACGUUCCCGGCGCGGCAUAUACAGGAGGGGUGACUAAGCCCAAGGUCGCUGCAGUCGAGACGGUAGACAAGGAGAAAGAAAGUGAGGAGACUCAGAAGAAGGGCAAGAAGUCGAAAGCUAAGAAAGCUACGAUUUCAACGUCCGCUUCUGAGUCGGAAAAAGUCGCGAGCGCAAGUACUAACGUCGGCUCUGGUAAUAAAUCAAAGUCGACGGGAAAAGAUGCUGCAUCAAGCCAGGAUUCGACCAAUAAACCGAAGGGCGGAGGAAAUCAGCCACGCACCGGAAGGAAUCCAGCGGCGGGGGCGGGUAAAUCGCCCUUAGGACCAAUCAACGUGAGCGCGGGAGAGUUUCUCGGCGCGUGCUUCACGUGUCACCGUGUAGGCCAUCGCGCCUCACAGUGUCCCGAAGUAGUCUGCUAUAGAUGCAGAGAGAAGGGGCACACCUCGAGGAACUGCACAACUCCUCCGACGGCGCAUACAAAUUCAACUCCUGCGCACUGGAUUACGGACGCUCCUAAGACCCAUUGUCAGUGGUGCGGACGAGAAGGCGUCACUUUACUCUCGUGCCCCGACUGUCGUGUGAUAACUACAGCUCUGGGAAACUUGAAGUUGGGGGCCCAGAAAUAAAGAAACCGGCGCCCCCAGAACAAGGAAGAACGGGAGGAAAGGAGAUUAGAGGAGUUACGUUCGCUCAGCCACUCGUGAAGCUCGACGAAACCGAGAGGAAAGACGAGGAAGAAGCGCGUCGGUUUGCCGAGUUGAGAAAGGUUGAGGAGAAGGCCACGAGGUUACUGAGCGAAAACGAG